UCGUUGGCGCUGCCGACGUCGGCGUCGCCGGCGCUCGUAAAAUGACGUGCGGCGGCUGCUCGGGAACGUACUCAGAAGGAAUCAAGUCAUCUUCAAUUGAUGUGAACAAGAAACGUGAUCUGGGGAAGCUACCUACAGUCUCCCAUGCGUGCUGAUAAGAGCAAACGCACUCUUGCGGAUUUGUAGGAGUGGAUGAAGGCACCGAGUAACAUACCACUAUAUAAAUACAUACGCCGCGCCUCCGCCGAGACUCUCGCCGAUACCGCACCAAGCACGGUCGGGCUGCGCACGCGACUCCCAGCCCUACUACGCAAAUUAAUACACAAAAAAAUGAAUAACGCCGAACUGUACACGAAAAACAACGCGUUGCAGAAGAAGGAUACAAUAGAGUGCCUCGAAGAAUUUGCAGCGAAAAUUAAAUGGAAAAAAUACGGUGCCAAAAUCAUUGACAUAGGUUGCGGGGACGGGAGUACCACCACCGAGAUACUGAAGUCGUUUCUUCCUGAAGACGUGGACGCGAUAGUCGGUGGAGACAUAAGUGAGAGGAUGGUGAAGUACGCCAACGAGCACUACGGGGGCGAGCGGACGGUGUUCGUGCCGCUGGACAUCCAGGGCCGGCUGCCCGCCGAGCUGGCCGGCCGCUUCGACCACGCCUUCUCCUUCUUUACAUUACACUGGAUUAAGAGACAAAAGACGGCGUUCAGCAACAUAUACCGAUUGCUCGACGAGGGCGGCAGCUGUCUACUACUGUUCCUGGGCCACAUGCCCAUCUACGAUGUAUGCCGCGUGCUAGCCCGCCGCGACCGGUGGAGCGCCUACUUAAGCAACGUCGACAGUUUCACCUCCCCGUACCACGACUCUCAAGAUCCGGAAAACGAGGUCAAAACGCUCAUGACGCGGAUCGGCUUCAAAAAUGUUGAAGUUAGACACCAGGACAAAUUCUUCACAUUCAACAGCCUGGAUAAUUGUAAAAAAGCCGUGAAAGCCGUGACGCCGUUCAGCAUCCCCGAGGAGCAGUGGGCGGAGUACCUGGGCGAGUACCUGCAGGUGGUGCGCGAGAUGCGCAUGAUGGACGCCAACAACAACCAGCACGAGUGCAUCAAGUGCCACUACAAAGUCAUCGUGGCUAUAGCCACUAAGUGAUCGCUGUGCCACGAGUAAUCACAGUUGGUGGAAAUUGUGAACAAUGUUAACAAAAUGAAAUGUCCAUAUUCGAGCAGUAUUUUACUGUUUUAAUGGUUUAGGUUUUAUUAAGGGUCGGUUGCACCAAACCGCCUGUUACAGUUAGGCAUUUUCGCGAGAAAGGAUACGAAAACUUUUUUUUAUAAAAUAGAUAAAUUUAAUGUUUUUCAUACUCAGAAUCACGAGCCCUUUCGAUCGUACUCGGUGAAAAAUGCGAGCAAUUUUAAUUUUUCCACUUCGUUACCAUUUUUCAAACAUUUUGUACAGCGCUUACAAAGUGGAAAGUACCUUUGCAAAAUAUUAGAAAAUUUUGCAACCAUUUUUUUGUUUUAGAUCGAAAGGGCUCGUGAUUCUGAGUAGGAAAAACAUAAGAUUCUCCUCGCGAAAAUGCCCAGUUAGAGUGUCCGUGUUAUCGUAUAAUAAGUUUCUUAGAUCUCUAGUAUCUCUACCGCGUGACGUUGAUCUGCCUGCUAACUGAGGUCGAUGCGACUGGCCCUAAAUAACACAUUUAAUAGGUACAAGAUUUGUUUACAAUGUUUACAAAUUCUAUUGAUGGCGACUUAAGACUUGACACGGGCUAUGAUGAUCUGUAUGACAGUCAUUUUGUAGGGAGUAACUGUAAAUGUCAAAGGUUCAUCAGGUAUUAAAUGUUCAAUGCCUAAGUAUUUUACAAAUGAAGACAUGCAGAAGCGAAUCGGAGGAUAUAUCUUGCGGAUAAUAAUUAACCGAGUAAAGUAUAAUUCUCCGCAUUUUAUAGGCUAGUUGACUGACGACACAAAUCGGAACAUUAAAAAUGUUAUCUACUUAGGUAUUAUGAUAAUUGCAAACAUUUAAAGUUCAGAUUAUUUGGUAUGUUUAACUAUGGUCAACUAGCUUAUCAUAG